AGCUGCACGUGUGUAACACAACUGUUGCUUUGCGUAACAGGUGUCGCGACACCUACGGCGAAAAUGUCGCGCGAGUAUGUCAGAAAAAUUCCCAUGGACACGGGUGUGCUUGAGAAAUUGAUUGUGCAUUCUGACGAGGUACCGACAGACCAAGGGAAUGCAUUUCUUCUAUCGUGCAAAUUAACCAAAACGACAUCUUCCAUCAUCGUAUCGAAAUACGUGAACAGACUGUAACUGCUGCAAUAUGGUCUGCGUUGUCCUUCCUGCAAAGGAAAGGGAAAACGGUUUCAAACUUACAAUUUUCAAUUCUUCUAAUGUCUAAAAUAAAAUUAAUCCGAUAUCUAAAAAUAUAGUAUAUCGCUAAAUAGAUUUCGAAUACUAUAAUAUUGCCACGUUUAUAAAUGUAGCGUUGUUCUCUGCGACUUCUCUGUUUCAAGUACAUACGGGACUUUCUCCUUUCAUGGCAUAAUUAGGUCACUACCAUUGCAUGUGCAACGUCUAUGUAAUCCUUGCUCCGUUAUUUAGAAUUAGAUUUAUUGCUGCCAUUAUAAAUUAUCUGCUCGGCUAAACGGUUUUCUUUCUAUAUUAACAAAUAUUAUUUAUUUAUCAUGAACUGUGCACUCUUUAAAUUUUGUAUGUAUUAUAUUUAUUCGUGAUACGAUAUAAAAGAAUUACGCAUGCAGUAUUCGGCGGGAAAAUGAAUUGGAAACGAUGGAGAGAAAGAAAUCCUCGGGCGAGCCAACCAAGGAUACCGAAUACGGAACCGUCAAAUACAAAGAUGAACUUAUAUCGUCCUGGAUGUUCUGGAAAAAAAGAAGAUAUAUAGUCGCUAUAUUGGCGUUUCUGGGAUUCUUCACAUCUUACAUUCUGCGUGUCAAUUUAAGCGUUGCGAUUGUUGCAAUGACCGCGAACGUUGAAAAACACGACGAACAUGGAAAUAUUUAUUAUGAAAGAGAAUUUGACUGGGAUUCGAAGACCCAAGGACUGGUUUUGAGUUCCUUUUUCUACGGAUACAUAAGCACGCAACUGCUUGGAGGAUGGCUUGGAGCUCGUAUUGGUGGAAAAAGGGUGUUCGGUCUUGGGAUUGCAGCUACAGCCUUAUUCACGAUUAUCACACCGCCUCUGGCUAAAAUAAGCGUCUACAUUUUAAUAUUUUUACGAAUAAUUGAAGGAAUUUGCGAGGGCGUGACAUAUCCUUGUAUACACGCAAUAUGGGCGCAAUGGGCACCUCCGUUGGAAAGGUCGAAAUUAGCAACCAUUGCAUUCUCCGGAAGUUUCCUUGGAACAGUAUUUGCCAUGCCCGUUGCUGGCUUGAUGGCCGAACACCUUGGUUGGUCCUCCAUAUUUUACGUAUUCGGAUCAAUGGGCCUCGUGUGGUUCUUCCUCUGGUGGAUAAUCGUGAAGGACAAACCGGAGGACGAUCCGUACAUCUCCGAAGCUGAGCUUGAAUAUAUUAAAUGCAGCCUUGGAAAGACGAAGGAGGAGGAAAAAAUUAGCCAUCCAUGGAAAGCUAUGAUGACGUCCCCGCCAGUCUGGGCUAUUGUUGCAGCUCACUUUAGCGAGAACUGGGGAUUUUACACUAUGCUCACUCAACUACCGACAUUUAUGAACGAUGUAUUCGACUUCAAGUUGGAUAAAACUGGGUAUUUAUCUGCCCUACCGUAUCUGGCUAUGACUUUCGUCGUGCAAUUUUCUGGUCACCUAGCAGAUUAUUUAAGAACAAAGAAAAUUUUAACGACUACACAGGUACGAAAGUUAUUUAAUUGCGGAGCAUUUAUAUUCCAAACAAUAUUUAUGACCUGUACAGGCUUCAUCUCCACCGAGGCAGCAGUGAUUAUUUGUAUUACUAUAGCAGUUGGCCUUGGUGGCUUUGCUUGGUCCGGUUUCGGAGUUAAUCAUUUAGACAUAGCUCCUAAACAUGCAAGCGUACUUAUGGGAAUAGGAAACACUAUUGCCACUUUGCCUGGCAUUGUUAGUCCAAUUAUCACUGGAUAUAUUGUUCAGAACAAGAGUCCUGGAGAAUGGCGCACAGUCUUUAUAAUUGCUGGCGCAGUAUAUUUACUAGGAGCUUUAAUAUAUGGUUUGUAUGCGUCUGGUGAGAAACAAAGUUGGGCAGACGAUGAUCAGAAAACAGAGGAAGACACAAAACGGUCUUACGACAAUCCCGCGAUGGAAAUAGAUAAUUUAUAACAAAAAGAUCGAAUUUUCUAACAUUUGAACAUUUAUUCCAACAAGUACAUAUCAUUUUCAAUAUGUACUUGGUUUACGCAUAAUUAGAAUAAACUGUGAAUAAUAUAUUUACUAGGUAUAAAUAUUUAUACAAGACGUUUGUACACCUGUAAUAAGUAUAUUUACAUUAAA